AGUGCAUCCCAACCGCCAUCAAGGUACGCGGUACUUUUAGAUAGCCGAAAUUGUAUGAGUAAAUCUGAUAACCAUUGGUGGUUAGUGCUUCUGCGCUCACUCAUCCAUCCACUUUGGAAACGUCGGGUCAAGAAUCCAGUUCAUCUGAUCAGCGCGAAGCGAUAUCUUCCAAGAUGGGUGAGGACAUUCUAGCUAGUCAAGAGAAUGCUUCUGUGAAUACGGCAGCAGCAGAUGAUGCCACGCAACCUCCUGCUCAACAGACAUCACAACAAGAACAACAAGCAUACCACCAGCAGCAGCAGCAGCAUCAACCGGCCCAUGAUGCAGCCAUGGAUCCACUAUCUUCUGUUUACAAUUCGUAUGCGUCAUAUCAACGAAUGCACCCCGAAUUCAACAUGAAUCCAAUGGCGUUAUCAUCCAAUUACGGUCUCUAUGGUUCGGACACUCAGCGGCCACUUGGAUCCAUGGGCUACUAUGACUUUAAUGCAUCUGCUCACUCACUAUCUGGCAUGCCAAUGGGAGGUUAUCAAGCAAGAGACAAAGCUGGUCAAGAAAACCCGCUGAUUGCCGGUGCCUCGGACCCAUCUCAGGCGUUAGCACAGCAACACAUGUUUGCCCAUCCUUACUAUCAGCAGUAUUAUUACAUGGGAAAUCAGUACGCAGAUAUGUAUGGGCAGCCAUUGUUCAAUAAGAACAUGUAUCCAAUGUAUGCAGCAGCCCAACAGCAGACAGCGACCAAACCGUCCAUGGGAUCAUCUUAUACCACAGGUACAUCUCCCUAUACAACGCAGGCAUUGUACGGGCAAGGAAGUACGACUGCGAAUGCCAGUUAUGAAGAUCUGUUACAGCAGCGUUUGCAUGGAUUGGAUGAUUAUCAGCGCGGCAAUUACAACGGGGGUGUGUCUAUGCAAAAUCUUUUGAACAGCAUGUCCAGCACCCCGCGCACCCCAUCUUCGCAUCCAUCGCUCCCGAAAUCCUUGUCGCAACAGCCACCGUCAAUGCAAACAAGCAGUGAACAGAGGUUGAACUCAUCCGCCAAUGAUUCAUCCUCCUUUGUGGGCUCCAUUCCUCAAGCCUAUCCAAACUAUUUCCAACAGCAAAUGUUUUCCUAUCAGCAGCAACAACAACAGCAACAGCAUUCUCAGCCGCAGCAUCCGCAGCAACAGACUUAUCGUCAUCCGCAAUACUGGAACCAAUAAAGAAACAAUGACCGAUAUUGAAACAUUUUAGAAUGAAAUGGCAAUCAGAGAUAAAAAUAAAAAAAAGAACCAAUGUUGCAGUUGCAGGAAAAAAAAACGUUGCAUUGAUAGAUGAAAAAAUAUGCAUCUUGCCAUUGGAUAAGAGAGAUGAUGCGGGAAAAGGUUUGUC